ACAAUUUACUAAAGUAAAGGUUUAAUAAUUUGGUUAUCAAUCGUCGAGUCGAAAACGAUUAAGAAGCAAAGACUCAAUUGAAGACAAAACGAGUUACUAAUCAGCCAAUAGGAAACUGACUCAUGUCAUAAUUUGUUUGUUGACAAUGUUGAAGAUUAUUUCUUAACGUGUACAUGUUAAAUGUUGAUUGCUCUCUAUUUGUUUUAAUUAUUUUAAUCACAAUAUUGAAUAUUUAAUUGCAAUGAGUUGUCUUGAUUGUCCAUUGGAACCCUACAUCACCGAUGAUUGUAUGAUUGACAAGUAUAUUGAGUCAAUUGUGAGUCAAACCAAUGAUUUACCAGAAUUUGACCCUCUCUUGUGGUCUGAAAGUGGUGGUGAUUCAGACUUGAUUGGAAGAGACUAUGAUGAAUGGCCAGAGAGCAGUGGGUCCAAUGAGAAUAGCAAUUUAUCAGAACCCAAUCAUUUAUCAUUCACUGAUAUUCAAGAGUCGGCAUCCCCAAGUCCAAGUAAAGUUAGUAUUUCUGGCAGCUCGUCUACAAGUCCAGAGGAAGAUGGGAUAAGUGAAGAAGUAAUCGAAGAAUAUGUUGAUGAAGAAAUUUUAUUAUCCAACGGUCAUUAUAGUAUUGAAUCUAAUGGUAUGUUUGAUGACCAAACGGAUUGUUACAUCGUAAAUCAGUCACCAGCACCUCGUACAUUUGAAAUUCAUAAUUACUGUUGUGUAAAAUAUGAAAAUAGUGAAGAUAAUGACGAAGACAAAUCAGUCGAAUCAAGUCCAAAAGUGAAACAAACCAGUAAAGGUUCAAAAAGACGAAAUGUCACCGAUUUCCGGUUAACUGAAGAAGAAAGAAAAUUACUAAACAAAGAAGGAUACACCGACUUUCCCAGUGAAACGAAAGAAUUGACACAUCAAGAAGAGAAAAUAUUAAGAAAAAUAAGACGAAAGAUAAGGAAUAAAAGAUCAGCCCAAUUUUCUCGACUUCGAAAGAAACAAUAUGUCGAGGAACUGGAAAAGAAGUACGAAGAUUGUACCAGUGAAAACAAACUCCUAAAAAAGGAAGUUGAUGAUUUACGUCGACAAAAUCAAUCUCUGACGGCAAAGAUGAAGAAAAUCUUGAAAGAUCACACUGGACAUGGUCAAGCUUCGUUCAAAACAUCGCUUUUUGUUAUUCUACUUUCAUUCCUUUUUAUUUUGAUGCCUAAUUUCAGGCCCGAAUCUUUGGAAGAUUCUCUGACGGGAUCUAAACAACAGCAACAGAUAAUCAGAACAGGUCGACAUUUAUUGAUGACUUUAGGUGGACACGAUUUAUCUUCCUACAAUCUUAAUGAAUCUGAAAACUUUAACUUCACCAAUGCCUUGUCGAUCUAAUUGUAGAUCAUCAAGACAAUGCCCGAGUCCAUGUCAACAAUGUUGCAAAUCGAAUCAUUUGAAUAUUUAAUUGCAAAUCAAAUGAAAAUUAUUAAAUAUCUAUUCUUCUUUCUCAAUAUUAUCUUAAACCGAAUGAUAUUAAAUUAAAUCUUUAAAAUUGA